CCAUAAACCGUGUCGGGCCCAACUCGAAUCAAUUCUUACUGUAGAAUAUCAGGCACGUUUUCACAUUACGUUUUUUAGGAGGGAUAAUUAAUACAGAGCAGGCAACUUGAAUGAACUCUGAUUGCUUUUAUUAUAAUUUUUACAUUACAAACAGUGGAAAUAAUUUUUCAUGCGAAGAGAGCUACUGCAUCAUGGAAAAUGGGUUCCGGAAUGAAAAAGUCCAAACGAGGUGCCGGGUACUGUUCCAUGGAAAUUCCCCAAGUUUAUAUUGUUAGGUUUCUUGCGCUUGAUGGCUGAAAUCGUUCGAAGGGGUCUUCCAAUAAAGAGCACGUGACUUCUCACUCUUUCCCGGUCCUGUUCUUGUAAUUCAAUACAGAGCCAAAAUAUAAUGUGAGACAACUGACCGCUGCGCCUGUUGAAGAGUUGGGCUGUAGUAUGCAUGUGGGGACUGGACACUUGGAAAUCAGACACUGACCGCAAGGAAUACAUACAUUUUUCUACGUCUUUCUGGGAAUAAAACAUUAGUUUAAUAUCAAAUGUGUGAAAUAAUAUUUAGUCGGAUUUUUCUUGGGUUUCCCGUACUUCUCCUCUGGAUGUCAGGUGGGCUGGCACAUGCUGCCUGUCCUCUUGAGCUCAACCCUCCCAGAUUGGUGGUGAGAUAUGGAGACUCAGUCUCAGUCAACUGCAGCACAUCAUCCACGGACCACGAGGGGAUGGGCUGGGAGGCCACAUUCGGAGGUACAAGUUUAGAACAAGAUGUCAUUGUUGUCACCUGGACUGUGAAGAAUUUGACAGACUGGACAAUACAACCUAAAUGCUACAUCACAUCAAAAGAUGGAAAGCAGUGUUUGGAAACGUUUCCUGUCAUUUUAUACAAGACUCCAGACAGAGUCUCCAUCUCUGUUCUGAACCACUCUGGUCCCAUGGUGGAGGGGACACAGUACCAGCUGCAGUGUGACAUUCAGAACAUCGCUCCUCUACAGAACCUGGUUGUGAAGUGGUACAAAGGGAAUGAACCCUUAGAUAAUGUCACUUACAGUCACGUCAGUAAGAGACCAGUGGAUGUGUCAGCUACUCUGAUGAUCAGCCCCAGUAGAGAUGAUGAUGGAGAUCAGUAUAGAUGUAGAGCAGAACUGGACCUGGGACCAGAGGGACCACAACCCCAUCCUACAGUGACAUCAGAACCUCUCAACAUUACUGUGCACUAUGCUCCUGAGUUCCUUCCAGGAAAUGACACGGUGGAGGUGAGUGCAGGCAGUGAUGUGUCUCUGGACUGCAGUGCUGAGGGGAACCCUCCUCCUGAGCUGAGGUGGACCAACAACAUUGCAGAGGGAAAUGCCAAUGAGACCACUGUGGGGCGCCUGCGUACUCUCAAUAUCUCCAGAGUAACAGCUAAUGCAACUUACAACUGCACAGUCACAAAUAGACUGGGCUCCAUCACCAAGCAGAUACAUGUCUUAGUAGAUGUACCUCCACAACAACACCCAACGAUGUUCUCCACAGCACCUUCAAUUCCGGAAACUAUGACCACCCUUCCAGGAACAGCCAAGCCAAAAUUAGUUACCUUUCCUCUUGAGCUCAACCCUCCCAGAGUGGUGGUGAGAUAUGGAGACUCAGUCUCAGUCAACUGCAGCACAUCAUCCACAGACCAUGAUGGGAUGGGCUGGGAGGCCACAUUCGGAGGUACAAGUGUAGAACAAGAUGUCAACGUUGUCACCUGGACUGUGGAUAACCUUACUGAUUGGACAAUAGAACCCAAAUGCUACAUCAAUCUCAUUGAUGGCAAACAACCCUCAAUAGUACUUCCAGUCAUUCUCUACAAGACUCCAGACAGAGUCUCCAUCUCUGUUCUGAACCACUCUGGUCCCAUGGUGGAGGGGACACAGUACCGGCUGCAGUGUGACAUUCAGAACAUCGCUCCUCUACAAAACCUGGUUGUGAAGUGGUACAAAGGGAAUGAACCCUUAGAUAAUGUAACUUACAGUCACGUCAGUAAGAGACCAGAGGAUGUGUCAGCUACUCUGAUGAUCAGCCCCAGUAAAGAUGAUAAUGGAACUCAGUAUAGAUGUAGAGCAGAACUGGACCUGGGACCAGAGGGACCACAACCCCAUCCUACAGUGACAUCAGAACCUCUCAGCAUUACUGUGCACUAUAAGCCAUGCAUCAAUGCAUCUGGACUGCCAGUGAGGAUACCUGUGUUCAGGGGCUAUCCUGAGGAGUUAGUGUGUGAGGCUGAGGGUUACCCACAGCCCAGGAUAAAGUGGGUCUAUGACCCAGCGAAGCAUGUCCGUGAGGCGGGAGGCAACCUGACUGUCUUUGAGGCAGGGCUCUACAACUGCACCGCCACCAACGACGUGGCGACGAGCUUCAUUGUGGUAGAGGUGGUUUUAAAUGAGGACUACCUGCCCCUCAUAGCGGGCUUCGUGGCCUUCAUGGUCGUGGUCAUCUCGGUCAUCUUCGUCGUCAUCUACUCCAUCUACUACAAGAACAACAAGAUGGGCCGCUACAGCCUGAAGAAGGCCAAGCUCAGCAGCACGCCCAACGGCAACGUGGCGCAGAACGGCGGCCGGGACACUCCGUUCCCGAUGACUAAACUGUCUCAGCCAAACAUCUACUUCUAGGAGAACCAAGUUUUAUUGGGAUGGCCCACUGAAUGAAGAGCCCUCUUUCCUUGCUGAGAGACUAAGUGACUAAGUGAGAGACCAAAUGGUUGAGGUGGUUGAGGGGCUGGUCACAACUCAUUCAGCUGUCAGAUGCAGGUCUGGAUUGUGAUAGUUGGGAGUGUCUCCUGGCUCUCCUCCAACCUCCCUAUGCUUCAUAUGCACUCCCUUUCCUCUUUAGCACUAAGAUUUGAAGUACAGAUCAGUCCCUCUAUUUCCCCUUCUACUGGAGAACCUGAUGAGGUAGAAUAACCUCUGUUUUUAGUGUGAGCUAUAUGAUCUAUUCUACACAUUCAAAGUGUAGCUGAUCUUUUCUCUGAAGGACAAAAAGAGGCAGCAAAUGGACAAGGUGAAAGCUUUUUGGAAAUUGGUUUAAUUGAAAUAUAUGUUUUAUAUGACUGGUUUUGGAAAAACUGGUUUGUGUUGCAUAAGCACCAACAAGGGAAUUGUUAUGUCAUUUUGAAUGUCUUUUUUUAGUUUGGUCUGAUGACAAUGUAAUUUCUGUCACAUUAAGCAAUUGCUUGAAGAGCAGCACAUGGUUGAAAUUGUGAGAAUGUCUCCUUUGCCUGGAUGUGAUGUCUUGCUUGUGACAAGAAGCUUGGAGUGUAAACCUGCAUUACAAUGGAGGCUGCUGAGGGGAAGACGGCUCAUAAUAAUGGCUGGAACGGAGUGAAUGGAAUGGCAUCAAACACAAGGAAACCAUGUUUGAUGUAUUUGAUACCAUUCCAAUAAUUCCACUCCAGCCAUUACCACGAGCCCGUCCUCCCCAAUGAAGGUGCUACCAACCUCCUGUGCUACAGUAUAUGCACACAACCUCUUUAGGUUGUGAGCACAAUGAUCACUGAAACCAAUUAAUGUAGCCUACAUGUGAAAAGUAUUAUUUCCCCAGAGUACGGAUUAUAUCGUGACAUGAAGGGGGUCUCCGUUUUUUUACGUGACUUCCUACAUUUUUUGGGGGGGAACUAAUAGUAAAGAUGUAUUGUAAUGGUAAACAUUAUUACCUUUUAAUGUGGCAUGAACACAAACAGUCAUGAUGCGUUCAUCUGAUUCUCAAAAAAAUCACUUCAAAAAUUAAGCUACCUGUGCACUUUUGUCCACAAAAUAAUUCCAGCUUCCAACAGUGCACCCGCCAUUUCAUGAAGGGAAAGAGACAUCUGUUACAAAACACCAAAAAGUGUGAUGACAUUGGGCGAUUGUCAGGAAGCCUACACUCUUGUAGCCUGAAUUCAUUGAUGCGUCUUGCUGACAAAUUGACUGAAAAAAUAUAUAUAAAAAUCUGGACACCUGAAAAGGGGCUGAAAUACGGGAAGCAACUACAGCUGUCUGUCCCAAGCUCAUGUGAGGGCCCAGUUGAAACAUUGUUGCAAAGCUCAAAACAGACAUCAGAGAGGCAGACAGGCGGAGAAUGAAUGCGAUUGAAAGAACAGUGGGGAACACAUUUAGGGGAGCUCAUGUCUCAUUUGGGGGUCAGAGCAACUCUGUUACUACUCUACACUGUUCCACUGCAUCUGGAGUGUUCAGUGUUUUAACUGCAUCACUGUAAUGCCUGACUGCAUGUGAGUUCUGAAUGUGUGGAGGUACAGGCUGGUGGCGGUGGUGUAUCACCGUCCAAACUGCAGCAACUACAUGAUGCCAUCGCGUCAGCAUGGACCAACAUCCCUGUGGAACGUUUUUGACUUGUAGAAUCCAAGACCCGAAUAAUUCAGGCUGUUCUGGACGCAAAGGGGGUCUGACCCGGAACUAGAUGGGUGUGCAGUGUGUGUAGUCUACGCAAACUUCUGUGGAGAUCUUUUGUUUCACAGUCCACUCAUGUCAAUACUACUGUAUUAAGAAACCUUUUGUAUAAUAUUGCUUUCAGUUAUCAUUAAAAUAUUUAGUUUUUAUUAUGAUAAAAA